CCUGGCCUCGCAAGGGCAACCCAAGAGUUCAGGAUUCUCGGCGAGGUGGUGCUGACCCCUCCAUCAAAUGUUUGUGCAUGUGGAAGAUGAAUUCGAUCGAAUGCCCCUACCCCACGGGGGCGACGGGGCCGGUAUGCUGAUCGCACUGUUCCUUAUCGAGGCCAACCUUCCGAAGCAUUUGCGAACCUCUUCUCCUCAACUCCAAUUCAACCGACAUCAUGAGGCUUGAUUGCAGAAAACUCACAAGAUAAAAGACGCCGGUGACAAUAAGUCAAACCCCUGUGCAGCACCAUCCCAUCAGCACAAUCCCAGCGAACAUAGCACACCCAACAUUGAACAUGGCGACCCAGACAAUGACGGCCACUGAGGCCCCAGACACCACAACUCUUCAGGUUGUCGACAUUGAUUCCUCUGCGGAAUUGACGAAAUCUGAGCAACUCAAAAUGCAAGAAGCAUGGCUACAUCUUCUUCGACUCUGCGGAACCUCCGUCGCCCACGACACAGCGCCCGAACUCACCGCUCAUCUGACCAGCAUGCUCACCAACAAGUCUCCAGAGUCAUUCCGCGAGACACUAUGGAAUUUCAUCCUCGCUGAGCAUCCUGACGCGCCGGUUCUUCGCUUUAUGCGAGCCAGGAAGUGGGACGUCCGGCAGGCCAUGGAGAUGCUGGUCUCCGCCCUCAACUGGCGCGAUGAGCGCCGCAUCGACCACGACAUCAUCGGCAAAGGCGAGAGCGUUGGUCUGCAGUCAGAAAUGUCCAAAGACGACCAAGGCUUCAUCAGCCAGUAUCAAUCGGGCAAGUCCUACGUCCGCGGUGCGGACAAGGAGGGACGCCCCCUCUACGUUAUCAAGGUGCGACUUCACGACCCGAAGAACCAGACGUCAGAAGCCAUGGAGAACUAUGUACUGCACAACAUUGAAAGCAUCAAGACCAUGCUUUCGUUCCCCAACGACAAGGCAUGCCUCAUCUUUGACCUGACAGGGUUCGGUUUGAAGAACAUGGAUUUCCACGUGGUGAAAUUCCUGGUGACUGUGUUUGAGGCUAGAUACCCGGAAACGCUGGGCUUGGUUCUUAUUCACAAAGCACCCUUUGUGUUCUGGGGAAUCUGGAGCAUCAUCAAGGGCUGGCUCGAUCCCGUGAUCGCGUCCAAGAUCAACUUUACCAGUUCCACGAAGGAUUUACUAAAGUUCGUUGACAAAGACCAGCUUCAUUGCUCGUAUGGCGGCGACGACACCUGGGAGUACAAGUACAUCGACCCCGUUCCCGGCGAGAACGAGCGCAUGGAACAGGUAGAGAAGCGCAAUGAGGUGCGAGGUGACCGCGAUGAAUUGGCCAAGCAGUUUGAGCAAGCUACACUGAGCUGGCUGUCAAAGGAGCCUCACAGCGAGGAGUGGAAGCAACUAAACGACAGCAGGAGGGCGAUUGCGAGCCAGUUGAGAUCGAAUUACUGGACGCUCGAUCCAUACAUUCGAGCAAGGAGCUACUAUCACCGGUCUGGCAUGAUUGGGGCCAGCGGCGAGGUGGAUUUCAAAGCAGCAAAGUAACGUACACGAGACUCAAUCAGCAAUAGAGUGACAAAUUGAAG